AUGAUUAAUGAUAUUAAGGGUGAUUAUUCAUAUAGUAUUGGAUGUCAUCCAUGGGAUAGUAAUAUCCCUUAUAACAAAUUAUUUGAUAUCAAAGUAGAUUACAAUAAAAAAUUUUUUGUUGGCGAAAUAGGACUUGAUAGCGAAUGGUGCAAAAUUCCCUUUGAUAUUCAAAAAGAAAGAUUCAUCUUUGAGCUGGAACAAGCUAAGAAACACAAAAAGAAAUGCAUUCUUCAUACAAAAGGAAUGGAAAAAGAAAUUCUUGAUAUCAUAUCAAAAUAUUCUAAUGAUUUUAUUGUUCAUUGGUAUGCAUGUGAUAACUAUAUCGAAGAUUAUAUCAAAAUUGGUUCUUAUUUUACAAUUGGAUAUGUAAUUAAAUACGAGAAAGAAGUUAGAAAGCUCGCACAGCUUGCACCUCUUGAUCAUUUAUUAUAUGAAACUGAUGGAUUAGAAGCAAUUGAAUGGUUAACGAAAACAAAAGUAAAAUUCGAAGAUAUGCCUGAUAUAUACCUUGAAGUAUUGAAUGAAAUAUCCAAAAUCAAAAAUAUUCCGAUUGAAACAAUUCAUCAACAAUUAUAUCAAAAUUCUCUCAAAUUAUUGAAUAACCAAUAG